AUGGACAGCAGCGACCCACAGGAAGACGAAAGAGGAAGCAGAAGGAAUGGGAGCGAUGGUGAGAAAGACAAACAGCUGAAGAACCAGCUCAACAAUGAGGAAAAAGGGGAAAAGGAGAUCCAAGGGAAUGAGAAAGAGAAGAAGAAAGAGCGUCGGCGAUCUGGGUCUCUAUGGAGGAGUGGAUGGGCGUUGAGUGAAAGACUUGCCAUCAAUGUGUCAGGGAUGCGCUAUGAAACUCAGCUUCGCACCUUAGCCCAGUUCCCUGACACCCUACUAGGUGACGCCAGGCGGAGAGCACGGUACUUUGACCCUCUCCGAAAUGAGCUCUUCCUGGAUCGCAAUCGGGCCUGCUUUGAUGCCAUUCUGUAUUUCUACCAGUCGGGCGGGAGGAUUCGGAGGCCAGCCAACAUACCACUGGACAUCUUCAUGGAUGAGCUGAUGUUCUACGAGCUAGGAGAGGACAUCGUAAACCGUUUCAAGGAGGACGAAGGUUUUCCAAAAGAGGAGGAGAGGCUGCUGCCAUCCAACGAAAUUCAGAAACAACUGUGGAUGCUGUUUGAGCACCCUGAGUCCUCAUCGGGUGCACGUAUCAUAGCCAUCAUCAGCGUCAUGGUCAUUGUGGUGUCCAUCAUCAUCUUCUGCCUGGAGACACUACCCGACUUCAGGCAUGAGAAGGAGAGGCGAGAGAUAUAUUUUUACAAGUACCACUCCCUAGAAAAGAAUGUAUCCGAGAACAUGCCUCUUCCGCAAAGUGUUUUUCACGACCCCUUCUUCUUGGUGGAGACAAUGUGUAUAUGCUGGUUUUCAUUUGAGCUCUUCAUGCGCCUCACUUGCUGUCCCAGUAAGACGCUGUUCUUCAAGGAUGUCAUGAACAUCAUCGACUUCAGUGCCAUCCUGCCAUAUUUUGUCACUCUGGGAACAGAGCUGGCCAAGGACAAUGACGCCACUCCAGCAACAUCUCUGGCCAUCAUCAGAGUCAUCAGGUUAGUGAGAGUGUUCAGGAUCUUCAAGUUGUCUCGUCACUCAAAGGGCCUCCAGAUUCUCGGCCAGACACUGAAGGCCAGCAUGCGAGAGCUGGGCCUUCUUAUCUUCUUCCUCUUUAUUGGCGUCAUCCUUUUCUCCAGCGCCAUCUACUUUGCUGAGGCUGAUCACAAUAACACGGCCUUUAUCAGUAUACCACACGCCUUUUGGUGGGCAGUCGUCACCAUGACCACAGUGGGCUAUGGUGACAUGUACCCAGAAACAGUAUGGGGUAAGCUUGUUGGCUCAAUGUGCGCCAUAGCUGGCGUGCUUACCAUAUCACUACCAGUGCCUGUCAUAGUAUCCAAUUUUAGUUACUUCUACCAUCGGGAGACUGAAUGUGUGGAUCAAACCGAGUUCGCCCAUGUCCAGCCAAUGGACGAUGAGCCAGAAGGAGAGGAAAUAGAUGAAGGGGAUAGGGAUCCAGAUGGAGAAUAUUAUGCAAUUGAAGGCAGCUGUAACCCCCUGAAUGGUACUCUGCUGGGUGGACUGUGCACAGCGCAGAGCACGGAGUUCAGAGGGGGAAAUACGUAUCUGAGCGAAUCAUUGGUCACUCAGGUUUAA